UUGGCAACUUCUCGUGCAACGGGACCCGCCCCUUUGUCGCCCAGUAUGGAGUCCUUAGUACUCAAUACGCAAGUCGUCUCCGAAAAGACAUUGAAAGAGAUCGUCAAAGGCCCGCUGGCGCAUUUUACUCUGAAUUGCGACGAUAGCGAAAAGGUGCAUCGGCUAUGGCAAUCACUGAAGAUCACAUUGUCUGCCCCAUCACUUUCCAAUGAGCACAUCGGCGAGGCUUGCAAUGCAGCUUCGGCUUUUCUUGAAGCCGCAGCCAAAUCCUCUACGGAAAGUACUAAGCAGCUUGCACUGUCGACCGGUACAUGGCUGUCUACCUUUGAAGUGUUCCUUGCCCGCUAUGAGGACUUUAGUCCGAAGCCAUUGAAGCAGCUCGUGGGCUCUUUGGUGACAAUUCUGGCAAAGAACUUCCCGGCCGAUAAAAAAGCGCAGAUUGAGGAAGCUAUUAUGCAAGCAACGCUCCCAAGUAUCCUUCUUGGUGAACCAAGAGCUCACCUGAAAGGAUCAGUGGUUGCUCUAGAGAUGCUGAUCCGCAAGGGCGCGAUAUCUCCGACGAGGCUAAUUUCUCUGCUUCAGAAUUGGCUGACGAAUAACUGGUCUAAAUGGUCUCCGACUUUCGAGAAAGAGCAUGAGGCUCUUCUGCUGGAUAAGUCAAGUACCCAAGCCGCGUUGACUAAUUUGACUGGCGAGUUAGCAGCCAGGGUCUUUGUCCUUGGUCUUAUUACUCAUGGAAGCACUCGUUCAUUAGCUGGUCCCUGUAGUGGGAUUCUUGAAAAUUUCCUCCAGAAAUUUAGGAAGCAAUCCCCGAAUGAAAAAGCCUCGAAGUUCUGGGUUGCCCCGGUCCGUCAUGUGGCUUUACACGAUCUGCAGGAUUUCGAAGUCCUUUCAACCCAGGUAUUACCACCAAUAUUUACGGGGGACCCAGAGGGGUUUGUUCAAUUCGUCAAGACCCUCCCAUUGGAAUCGGCUUUGACGGGUGACAUGGCUGCAAGCAACGAACCCGAGAUUAUACUCCUUUUCGUGGCCCUCCAGAUAGGAAAGAAGAUCAACCUAGUUCACGAAGACUACGAUCCAUCACUCACAAACAAAUCCAAAAAGCCAAACCCCUGGAAUAUUGUUCUGAAAAGUGAGGUUAUUGGCAAAUUCUUACUACACCGCGAGCCCAAUAUCCGUGUAGCUGCUUUGUCUCUCCUGAUUACUGCGUUUUCGACGACCAAGCCGAUGACAAGCAUGGCAACAAAUGCGAUUCUGCGCGGAUUGCCGUCAAUUCAUGCCGAUUCUGAUUCUCACAGUAGAUCAGAGAUUAUGGGUAUCACACGAAAAUUCAUUGUUCGGUUGAAAAGUGGGAUCAAAGAUAUUGAUUGCCUUGAAUCAACCGCCUCGGCGCAGAAAGAUAGUGCUUCGGAGCAGCUGAAGAGUAAUGAAAUGACUUUGGCUUUCUUAGGAGAGUAUGUCAACUUUCUCCAAGAUGACCUUUGUGUGACUGCAUCAUAUCCUCGUCAUAUCAGCUCCUUAAAGGCACUCAAGCUCCUGCUGGAAUCUGGUCUCGACUCAUUGACCGACCCUUCACUUGCGAAAGGAGAUGGCCAAGGAAACUGGAAGGUUAAUAUGGAGAUUUACGGCUCCUGUCUUUUACGGCUCCUACUUGACCUUCUUCUUGAUCCGUUUGAAGAAGUUCGUCAAACAUCUCUCGCCAUUAUAAACCUCUUUCCUUCUCAAAUAUUACUCAGCGGGGGCCUCCGGAGCGCGGGUCAGAAACCGGAUGUUGUGAUGUUACUCCCAGAAGCGUUAUGCCGAGCUGAGAAUAUUGCAAGCAACACCAGUCGAGCAGACCAUGCUGAUACAGUUGCUCGUUUGUACCACGUUUUGUUCUCUGCCGCCCAGUCUACAGACUUCAUUGGAGAUGGGCAGCCUUGGUGGGCUACGAAGUUCUCCGUGGUCAAUUCCUUGCUGCUUAAGUUGGAGGGACGGCUGGGUGCCUCCAAUGGGCUAUUCAAUAGCGCCAUGCGCGAGGCAUCUCUCCACGGAUAUAUGUCUGGUCUUCGGUACAUCAUUCUCACCCCUAAUUUCUACUCCCAGAUUUCCUCAUCUGGCAAUAUAGCCAUAUGGCGUGAGACCCACGAACGAAUUGUUUCAAUUUGUGAGCGUAUCUGGGAAGAAGUUAGAUCUGUCUUUCUUUUGCUACAUGCCACAAUCUUCAACAGGACGUAUGGUCCGUCUAGUGACCAGGGGCUAAAGCGUGCUGACUUCGAAAAGCUGGGUACCUCAAGCUUCACCCAACUCGCGGAACUCCGUCAUAGAGGUGCAUUCUCUACUGUAUCACAAACCUUCGCAACGUGCUGUCAGAGAUGCAGUGCCUCGAAGGAUCCUUCUAUCCAAGAACUUCCUCAUUUGUGGUAUCAAGAUGCGAAGUCGCUCAUCUUUGAGUCCGCCGGAAAGCUCACACGAAGAUCUGCUGGUUUGCCAGCUCUGGUUACUGGAAUAUUAGCGUCGAGUCCUAACAGUCCUUUCUUUAAAUUAGCCAUGGAGGGACUUUUCGAGAUCUCACGUCUCUCUGUUGACUAUGAUAAGGAGGAACAAUAUCUCGAACUUCCACAGGUCCAUGCUAUCAACUGUUUGAAGGAUGUUUUCACAAACACCAAGAUCGGCCCUUUCACCGAGCCAUUCAUUAUGUCUGCGCUCACUCUUUCAGCAGAACGAUUGGGCUCUCCAAUCUGGGCACUUCGCAACUCGGGUCUUAUGCUUUUCCGGGCUCUUUUGACCCGUAUCUGUCGUUUGACCGUGGGCACUAAAGCCGGGUUCGGUGGCCCUUCUGGAUCUGAGCCCGGUGCUAAGAUCUCGUUUCUCAAAUACCCCGGUCUCAUCGAGCUGCUUUCUAGUCUUCUUGCGCCUAGCGUAGGGAAUACUGUGUAUGAAGGUUCAGAUAUCGUGACAGAGCGAAUCUUUCCCGCUCUGGAACUCAUUGGAGAGAAAAUCCCAACCCCUGAUGAUAACAGUGACAAAGUAUUGCGCGGCCUAGUCGUGGAACACUUCAGUAGUCCCGUUUGGGGAAUUCGAGAACAUGCUGCCCGGGUCUAUGCGUCUCUCAUGGCUCGUCAAGAUAUUUUGCAGGAUAUUCGCAGACUUCUCGGCCUCCUUGGGACAGGAAGUUCAGAGAACCUGAUUCACGGAGUUUCGCUCUGUUUCCGGUAUUCUCUGCGUCGCUUCGCAGCCACUGGCGAUGCAUUUUGGAUUUCACAACUCGAUGGGAUAUUGGAAACCAUCCGCCUGGCGUUCGAUACGGUGUUUGCCUUCGCCAAAUCUCCUUUCGUUGUGACUAUACUCAUUGAGGUUUUGAAUGACACCAUCGACCGCAGCAUUAAGGCAGCAGCUGAAAGACAGGUUAUCAAACCUAUAAAUGAUAUUUUCGACGAACACGAACUUCAUGCCGCUUUGUCUUACGUUUUCAACUCUUCUGAACAAGGAUGGAAUUUGACACCUGUCGCACGAUCGUCCUCACUUUUGCGAAGAGCUUUUGCUUGGUUCUUGGCCCUCAAGAAGGUCAUUUUGCAAGAGAAUGACCUGCACGAUACCUUUCUUGGAGUCUCGCAACAUGAUCCGGAUGCAGCAGGUUGGGUUUGUGAACAACUCCGUGAGACACUAGGGGAGAAAGAGCGAUUUCAUAAGCAACUGGCUCAGCUUUACACUUCAAUAAUUCUGGGUAAUCACCCGGCAGAUGUGAAGACCACCGCUGUUGCCAGUCUGGCAUCCCUUCUCGAAGCCCUUCUUGCAGCCCAAGUUAGCUUGAUCAAAGAGCUUGACUUGCCAUUUGAGUCCCUACUGCAAAAUUUCCAACCUGAGAAAGAUAUCGAAACAUGGAAUCGCCAUACCACCGACGGGGAGCUUCGACUGCGAGGUUCUCUCCUGGCCAUCGCUGCAGCUUCGAAUGGUGCUAGUAUUCUUCACCCUGACUUCAAGGCGAAUAUUAUGGGCUGGGUUAUUAAGCUCCGCUCGGCUCUUAGCGAAGAGACAGAAUUCACUACGCGCUACGCGGCAGUAGCCUCUGUUGGUAGCUUUAUCUACGUCCUUCGCCCUGAAGGUACCUCAGCCCGAGCUGAUCCUCUAUUCCUGGAGCUAUAUUUGAUACUAUACGACAUGCUUAACGAUGACGACGAGGAACUGCGCGAUUUAGCUGCAUCAUCUGCAUCGUACGUCCUGUCAUAUUCAACUGUAUCUCCUGGUGCCGCGGUUGCUCUAGGGCCCUUGAAUGCCAGCGCCCUCCUCGCUAGAUUUAUCAUGACUCAGUACUCUGAUUCCAUGCAUUUUGCCCGCCGACUUAUCCGCUAUCUGACUGGGCAAGAGCCAAGAAUUAGCGGAUCCGAUAGGCAAAGCCAGCUAACUCCGGUGUCUGAAUUGAUUGCAGAGUAUCGUCAAGAGAGCACUGUCCUCUUCGUGGAAGAGAAGCAGAACUUAUUCAUAGACGAGGUCAGAGAAGUUGAUGUUUGGUCUCAGGCUCUUUUGCAGCUUCAGAGGGUGGCGUUUCCCGAAACGCUCGUUCGGCAGAUAUCAGGCUGGGUGUCCGAAGGUUUGGAAUAUCUAUUCAGCCUGUUUUCGAGAGACUCCGGUAAAGAUGGCCUUUUGGGCUGGGUUUCGAAACCUGAAGCAUUUACCCUUGGCAUUCGCGUCAUCACGAUUUCUUCUGUGUUGGUCUCACCACAAUUCUCCGGCUCGGAUUUCAUGGAUAUUGAUCCUCAUGUUUUGCGGGUUCAGCUUGAAAAAGUUGGCCGAAUUGGGAGAUCAGCUUCGGUGCAUGACGCUUGGCUUGCAAGGAUCAAUUCAUGCUUAGAAGAGACGAAAUAG